AUGGCAGACCUAACUGAGGAAGUGGAGGAGGAGGGGGAGGAGGAAGAAGAAGAAGAAGAAGAGCUGGCGAUACACAGUGUCAAUUUGGAGGAAGAGGCGUCGAGCUCAAAGCAGAGGAAGAGAAAGAAUUCUGAGCCGUCGUCAGACGGCUUGCACCGUAAAAAGGUCAGAUUACCCUAUUCAUGUUCUUCCUCUUCAUCCCCCACCCAAGAGGCACCCUGCCCUUGCCUGGCACAAAUCCCUCCUCAGUGCACACCCAUUCUCUCAAAGUUCUCCUUCCCAUCCUCCUUCACUAAUGUCUUUUUGGAUGACUUUGUUUUCUUACCAGCUGUUCAAGCUCAUGAGGGAGGUAAGCUCGACCCUUGA